ACUACAGAUGCCCCAACAACAACCACAGCUGAAACAACAACUACAGUUGCCCCAACAACAACCACAGUUGAACCAACAACUACAGAUGCCCCAACAACAACUACAGAUGCCACAACAACAACCACAGCUGAACUAACAACAACCACAGCUGGACCAACAACUACAGAUGCCCCAACAACAACCACAGCUGAAACAACAACAACUACAGGCUCCCCGACAACAACCACAGCUGAAACAACAACUACAGAUGCCCCAAUAACAACUACAGACACCCCAACAACAACCACAGCUGACCCAACAACUACAGAUGUCCCAACAACAACCACAGAUGCCCCAACAACAACUACAGAUACCCCAACAACAACCACAGCUGAACCAACAACUACAGUUGCCGCAACAACAACCACAGUUGAAACAACAACUACAGAUGCCACAACAACAACCACAGCUGAACUAACAACAACCACAGCUGGACCAACAACAACUACAGAUGCCCCAACAACAACCACAGCUGAAACAACAACAACUACAGGCGCCCCGACAACAACCACAGCUGAACCAACAACUACAGAUGCCCCAACAACAACUACAGACACCCCAACAACAACUACAGACACCCCAACAACAACUACAGAUGCCCCAACAACAACCACAGAUGCCCCAACAACA